AAUGUCACAACUUCAAUUAUGGGUAAAGAUGUCACUCUGAUAUACGUGGGAGCGUCAAGAGACGGCAACAAACCGAUGGCCAAUUUCUUGACUGGAUGUGUUAAGGUAGGACGUCUUGGUGGACUUGCCGUUAAUGAUUGAGUCUCUCAUGCGGUGCUUGUGGCUUGUAUUUUUACAAGGAGUCGGUUUGUCUUGUUUGUUUUUUACUAUUUAUAGAAGCUCUUUAUUUUUGUAAUGUACUGUCAAUGAAUGGAAUCUAAGAUGAUCUGUGCAUGUAUGGAUAUAAAAGGAUAGCUGCAAAGUUAUUUUUUAAAUUUCAUUUUGCUGGAUAUUAAAGGAAGCAUAUGUAUAUAUAUGUUCAAAUUUGAUGAACGCUAAAGAAGGGACCUUAUAGAUAUAUAAUAUAGGAAGCUAACACAAAUGCGUGUAACUGCAUAUUGUAACAUACAUAUGUCAAUGUUUCAUUUAGGGUAUUAAAAAAAACACCUGCAUUUUAGUACUAAGUAGAAAUUUCAGUACUUCGUAGCUGGUAUGAUGGUGGUCAAUGCAAUUUCAAAGUUAAGAAAUGCAUGUUUUAAAAUAUGUUCAAAUGUCUUUCAGGAUCUCAGGGUGGGCAACUCUGCGCAGUCUUCUCUCCAGAAUCCUAUAGAACCUGCUGUUGACCAAGGCUGCACGGAGAGCCCUGUGUGUACUUCUAGUGUGUGUGGUGUUGGUCAGUGUGUUGAUGAGUGGAACAAUCACAUCUGUCUGUGCCCUGCAGGUCAGUCUAAUGUGUGUGGAGUUGGUCAGUCUAAUGUGUGAGGUGUUGAUCAGUAUCUUUACCCUCCAGGAACUUUGUGUACAUGAGUUGCCUCCAGUCAUCAAGCAUUGAGUCUAUUGAUCAUACCUGUACUUGAUAUAGUAUUAUUGUGACUAUACACUUGUGUUUUGAUGUAGUAUUAUUGUGACUAUAAACUUGUUUUUUAGAAACUUUCAUCUUUCAAUUAAAUUGACCAAACAAAAUUGUAUCGUAUUCACAAUACAAAUACACACCCUAAAAUGCUUUAAAUUAUCUCAGAAAGGUGAAAAGUUCAAACUUUUAGAAAAAUGAGUCUUUUAAUGUUGAUAAUAUUUUUCAAUAUUUUAGGAAACACUGGCCCCCAGUGUCUGGAGAUAUGCACGAAUUUCAACCCCUGUAAAAACUGGGCUGAAUGCAAACAGCCAUUGCAGGGACAAAACACAUACACCUGCGAAUGUGGUAUGCGGCAAAGUGGGAAGUACUGUGAGAAUCAGGCACCUGCGACCUGUCCGGCAGGCUGGUGGGGUAAACCCAUCUGUGGACCUUGUAACUGUAAGGCGGAUAAAGGAUUUGAACAGACAUGUAACAAAGACAAUGGGACAUGUGCCUGUAAGGUGAGAUUAGGUGUGAAUAUCUGGGACAUAAGCCUGUAAGGUGAGAUUAUGUUUGAAUAUCUGGGACAUUUGCAUGUAAGGUGAUUGAGAUUAGGUUUGAAUAUCUGGGACAUUUGCAUGUAAGGUGAGAUUAGUUGUGAAUAUCUGGGACAUGUGCCUGUAAAGUGAGAUUAGGUGUGAAUAUCCAGAUAUUAAGAAUUUUAGUCAAGCCAAACUCUAAUUUUCACCUGCCCUGGUGAUGCAUUUCUCUCUAAAUUGUUCAUGUUUUUUAUUCCCAGACACUGCAUUACCUACCUCCCAACAGUGAUACCUGCUAUCCAUGUGACUGCUAUAAGCUGGGCUCUAAGGACAUGACUUGUAACCCGGCAACAGGUCAAUGCAACUGUUAUGAAGGGGUCAUAGGUCGCCGGUGUGACACGUGUGACAGCAUAUUUGCUGCUGUGGUCAAGACUAC